CGACAAGUUGCUUUUCCAGACGACGAUUUAAAGCUGAUGAUAUGAAGGAUUGUUGCGGCGAUCCCUGAUCCGUUAGCUGGACCUAAAGGUGUUCGAAUGAUGCUUUUCAUUCGUAGUAUCAUUGGGUGCGUGCUGAUAUACUUGUACGGCCUCGAACUUGUUAAUGAUCUGUGCCCAGGUUUUUCGGGUUAGCUGGCAUGUACUGGUCACUCUAGUACUUGUCUGUUGCAGAUGCGACGGUCUUGGUGUUUUUAACACCUCUCACGGCAGCGGUGGCUGGAUCUGUAUUUUUGAAGGAGAGCUACUCCGUCAAGCAAGCUGUGACGGGAGGCAGGCCCGCAUUCCUAUUUGGCCCCCUGAAUGCUAUUCCUCAAGGACUCCCAGACGUGGCAUUUGCGCAAAGGCUGGCGGGUGUUGGAGCGCGUAUGGUUUGCGUGCUUGGAAUUACUGGAGCAUAUACAUUGAUUCGUGCAAUUGGGAUUCGGGAAACGCGCUCACCCGAUGCAUGUAAUGAGAUACUUUUCAUCAUGGUGCACAAUUAUAUCAUCUUUGGGGAUGGUUGUCUUCGAUAUUCCCGUUGUAUAUCCUACAUCAUGAAUGUGGAUGCCU